AUGGGUUCAUCAGCGGAUAAAAGUUUAUACCAACAACAACGAUUUACUGUAACACAUUCCACAACAUUUAAUUCAAAUAUCGCAUCAAAUGAUUUUACAAAACAAUUUGCAACUUAUUGGAAUCCAUCCACAGAAAUACGCUACGAAAAUUGGCUACAAGCGCAAAGGAAACAAUUUCAUACCCAAAAAGAAUAUGAUCAUUCCAUUUAUCAAUUAAAAUCCUCAUUCGCAUGUACCAAUCAAUUCAUUAGUUCAUUUUCGAGAUCACAAACUUGUCUAGAAGAUGACACUCGAUGUACUUCAAAGUAA